UGCAGCACGUCCCAAAACGUUAUCAACGCGCCCAUUAUAUCGUUAUCUUCGGUCUCGCGCAUUUACCAAGUAAUUUUGAUAACAAUUGCUGUAAAUUGCCGAACAACUUUGUUCAAAGAGAAAAAAAACAAAAUACGGGAUCGUACGUCAGUAUAUUGAACGUUGCGAAUAUUACAAUAGAGUGUAAUUCGGGAUUUAAACGAAAAACAUUGUGACUUAUAUGUAUAUGCACAUGUACGUGAAUGUAUUAUGUUUCCAAGACUUGUCAAUAUUAGUGGCAGUAGCUACGUCAUUACAACUGGUAGCACUGGGAGACGAAAGAGAAUCAAGUGUGCACGUAGCAGAGUUAUCGCCAAAAAGGUUCGUAAAGUGCGCGCUGAAUUGAUAAGAUCGACCAUGGUGCGUCGAAACGAAAAGCACCAGAAAUUAGAUCAUCAAAAUUUCGUUGGAAAACGGAAUAUGCACUUGGAAUAUCCAAAAAUUGAUGCCAACGCGGAUACUGCUGUGAUUCAUAGUAAAGCAACAAUAGCAAUAGCUACUUCACCAUCCGAUAUAGACCGAACUCCACUCGUCGCACCAUCGCCCCUGUUCUCGCCAGUUAAAAUUGAGAGUGGUCGAUGCGACAGAACGCGCACGCGCCAACCCCUGGAUCCCAAGGCACUCGAGAACCAGGCACUACAUUUUCUAAAGCCGGAUAAAAAUGAUCAGCGCUUUAUUUUUGAUGAACAAAAUCAAAUACUUGAAUGCAUAGAUACUUAUAAUGAUUCUAAAUUUUCUGAGAAUGGAGAGGUUUCAUCGAACCAAUCAGUUUCUAUAGUGGAAAAUCAGGAUGGAAAGCAAUCCAGAUUUUCGGAUGAUCCCGAAGAAAACGGUUCAAGACACACAACUGUCCCAACAUUUACGAAAAUUCAAACAGGGUGUAUUGUUCAGAAAGGAGGAAACAAAAAUUUAACUGAUAUAAUUAAAAACCGUCAGAGUAAUGUCACCUAUUGUACCAAAAGAGCUGCUAAAAAAAGAUUCGAGGAUCCAUCGGAAACUUAUCUUGAUUUGAAGUAUGAAAAAGUAAUGCAGUUCCCUUCAUCACCGCAUUCAACCAAUCCUUCACCUGGUGCUCUUUCCGAAUGUACAUCUCACUGUUCAAUAAUUCCUUCGCCGACUUCCACCAUAUCCUCUUCCUCAUCUUUCUUAUCACCUUCACCGACAUCUUCAUCCAAUUUUUCUUCGAUCCGAACUUCCACGUCCGAAGUGAUAACUUCGACUUCUUCUUCGGGUCCAAAUCGAUCUGUCACUUCAAUCACGCAUGCACCGUUAGAUACGCUGAAGAGUGCUCUUGAAGGUUACGAUAACAGCAGAAUAUAUCUUGCUCAUGUGUCAUUUCUCGAUUGGAGAGAUUUACCCGGUCGGCGCACUGUUGACAGUGAAAGAAUUUGGGUGGUUGGAGCUGCUGACCAUGGUGGUCGUCACAGAACAAGACUCCUUGUAGCAGGGCGACACUGGAGACCUCGGUGUCUUAGUAAGGUUAAUAUGGUCACGCAGCCAGUGGUCUACGCUGGUGGUGGCAGUGGCUCUCUUACGGCCGAUCUUUUUUUAUGGUGGUUUCAUCGAGAAUUCGCAACGACCGCAAUGGCAAUGCAUCCUGAUGGCGCAAUAUUGGUUGCCGAGGCAGCUGACUAUCUGCCACCCGAAGUCGAGUGUGUUACGGCUGACGGUCUCGUGCGACUCUUCGUAGUGCCGAAAGACUGUCUCGAGCCUCGAAUCGUGGCAAACGAGCUCAGAGUGCGAUUAGCAGCUGGAUUACUAACGAGUGUUCGAUACUCUCCUUAUUUUGGAAAGUCAAGUCAAACAGUUCCCGGCGAGAUUACUACAAAUGAUCUCGAAGAGAGAGUCAAAAGAUUCACAUUGAAAGAAGCCUUUGCCGAACUCCAUCGUGCCUGGUUGGGUAUCCGUUCGGAGACUUUUGCUAGGAGUUGGAUAUUAAUGCAAGAACGAGAAAGUACAAGAAGUAACGGUCGUAGUUCAUCACCAAUAGGGGAUGCCUUGUCAUCGAGAUCACAGCGGGUUGUCCACAAAAACGAGGAUGGUAAUUUACUCGGAGAGUUACUGAAUCUUGCGCGUGAAGCUGGCCUAGAUGUUGAUGAUUCUGAUUUGCGAAGAUGGGUCCACGAUGAAGCGAGCGAGUUUGCUAAACACGUGAUGAAAAAAGAAUUAGUGGACAGUGAGGAAGACGCUGAAUUGUAUAAAAACAACUUAGAGAAUUUUGAACCGGAUUUAGAUGAUCAAGAUGUUCCUACUGCUAGGGAAACAGUGGGGCUUUUGUCAAAAGUUCUCCUGUGGAUGGAAAGAGAACCUCUGGAUCCAGGACUUUUAUUAGCCGUUAGGUCCAUGCGUGAAACCGCUGCAAUAAUGGCAAGCAAAAUGGGACUCACAGGAACGCAUCCUGGUGGCCUACCAUUUUUCUGUCCGAAUGGCGAUCAUCUGACGCAACCGCCACCAGCUCACAUGGGUAUACCGCCGUAUGGAGCGCUGGACGCGGGCAAGGCGGCCGCGGCGGCCGGUGAGUACUGGCCACCACCCCCACACGGACCACCCUCACAUCCCGCACACUGGAAACGACUUCUUGCAGCAGCAGCCUCCACAGGUCUCACGAGGGCGCCGAUGUAUCCAUUUUCGACGGGGCAAUAUCCCUACCCAAUGCUGAGCCCAGAAAUGACGCAAGUCGCCGCUUCCUGGCAUACCCCAAGUAUGUAUCCGAUCUCCCCGGCAAGUGCUGGCUUCAGAAGUCCGUAUCCCACGAGUUUGCCCAUCACAAGUUCCAGUUUACCGAGUGAUCUUUACCGGUUUUCGCCAACGGGCCUUAUGCCGCCCCAUCCUGGGCUGAGUCCACACGCUCAUGCGUUAGCAUCUCAUGCCUUGGUAUCGUCGGCACCGAAAUCUGACCAUGCGACCUUAGACCACAAUCACAGAUCUUCGAUGGAUCAGAAAAACUCGACUUCGUUAUCUUCCGACAACACAAAAGCCCAAGAUACGGGUCAACAAAAUAAUCAAGAUAAAAAAAAACCUCACAUAAAAAAGCCUUUAAAUGCGUUUAUGCUGUACAUGAAAGAAAUGAGGGCGAAAGUUGUGGCAGAGUGUACCUUAAAAGAAAGCGCUGCUAUCAACCAAAUACUAGGAAGGCGGUGGCACUCGCUAAGUCGGGAGGAGCAGGCGCGGUAUUAUGAGGCCGCCAGGCAGGAACGGCAUCUGCACCAGCAACGCUACCCCGGCUGGAGUGCCAGGGAUAACUACGGAUACGGCAGCAAGAAGAAGAAGAGGAAGAAAGAGCGCUCCGCAGAUCCCACCGGAGGAAAUAACAUGAAGAAGUGCCGCGCAAGAUACGGAUUAGACCAACAGAGCCAGUGGUGCAAACCAUGCAGACGCAAGAAGAAAUGUAUCAGGUACAUGGGGGAGGGAGGAGACGGAGACGGUGACGGGGAUGGCGACGGUGAGGUGGACGGCGAUGUUGACGACGAUCAUUCCGAGGAUAAUCUUGGUAGCGUCGGUGAGGCCGGCACUCCGGAGGACGACGAGUCACUUAGCAGUCCAGGCGGUCUAUCGGCGUUGUCUAGUCUCGCUAGUCCAUCAUUGGUACUACCAUCGCCUUCGAGCCUGGCGAGUCCUUGUCCUUGUCCUCUAACACCGCCUGUACAAUCAACGUCGUUGACGAAUAAUUCAAAUCAAAAUACAAUACAGUCAGUGCCGCCUCCUCAUCGCAAUCCCGUCGGUACGAAUCCCCAUGACAUUAAUAAUCCGCUGAGCGUUAACCAACUUACGGGACAGUGUAUAAAAAAUGAUGUUGGUGGUGGUGGUCCCUCGGGACCUUCCAAUCCGGCAAUAAGUGUCACGUAGCCCUGGGCCGCCCCAAGUGACAAGACUCUACAAAUCGGUGUCAUCGGGGUUAAACUAAGUAUACUUUCGGUAAGGCUGAACAGACUAGGUUGUCUCAGCAAUAAUUGCCAAGACGGUGGUGGUGGGUCUCUUUGUCAAUCAUAUUGUGACUGAUAAGACUUUGCAAGGCCACACCGAGGUAUGACGUGCCAACGAUUAAUUUAAGAUUAUAAAGCUGUUUCCUUGUGUUCGUUGGUUGUUUUUCAUUCAUGCAUUUUUAUUUUAUUUUAUUUACUCUCGCCCUCCUAAUUUUGUUUACGAACACUCGCCAAUUUCUCGCGUAAUCAUGCUGAAUCUUUUGGGUGGCUCGAUUAAACGAAUUUUCUCAAUGUUCUUCCACACGCGUUCGACAAGUUUACGAGAGGCCAAGAGUAAUUACGUUAAGGAUCUCUCGUUCCCGGUAAUAUUCACUCAAGUUAUUCACUGUUGUCGGCCUUAUCCCGAAAAUCAAACAAUUUUUCGUACAAUGUAUAUUCAUUUUUUUAUUCGUGACAGGAUAUUCAUCAUGCUUACGAUGAUGUAUUAAAGUUGAACGAGCAAACUUUUCUCCGUGACAUAUGAACGAAACUCACUCUUAUUCAUUUGAAUUACGGUUUCUUUUUCGAAUCACGUUCAAUUCAAUGCCUAGUACCACAUGCUGUGUCUAGAAAAAUUUUGAGUCGAAACUCACGAAUUUGAUGAAGCGUAUUUCAUUCCGUUAAGUUGAUUUUUUUUUUUUUUUUUUUUUUUUAUUACUCAACGUAAACUCUAUACACGGAAUAUUGAACUAUUUCGUUGGCUUCUGAAAAUUGUUGCGUGUCCGAUUUUCUGAGAGAAUUUUCUGUAAUUGGUCAAUUUGUGUCGAAGAAUUUCGUUUUCAACAUUUUCAACAGCUAUCUUUUUUUUCGUAUUUACAGUGGCGAAAUACCGAUCGAUCCAUACUUUUGAUGGGCAUUAAUCAGCUAUUCAGAUGAAAAUCAAUCACGAAACUGAUAUUUUAACCCGCGAAUCCUGGAAACUUCAUCCACUCCAUUCAGUAACAAACAAAUUGCAAUUGUGAAUAAUUAUCACCGGGGACGAGGGAACGAACGCGUAACGUGUGCGUAAAAGCCGAACGAUAGCGUUGCAAUAGAUCUCAAUUAUUACACGAAAUAUGUUAAGGAAUGAAUGAACGAACGAAUGCAAUGCAACGGAAACGGAUUAUGAAAAUUAUGAAGGGGUGACAGAAAAAAAAACAAUAAAAAAAACGAACAAAAUGUAACGCGAUUAAUGAUGCAGAAUACUCAGGACCAAGUGUCUGGCUGUAGUCACCCAUUCAUCUGGAGGCAGCGUGCAAUGAUGCCAAGUGACCGACUGAGUUUUGAUUGUUUUUUAAUGAAAAUUUAAAAAAUAAUAAAGUGCGCUUGACGGCAUAUUGCAGUCCUUGUUACGUUGUGAUGCCAAUGACUGAGAGGUCAUGUUCCUGUGCCAGGUACUCUUUUAACUCUAUUGAAAGCGAAAAUAAGAAAAAAAAAAUAAAAUAAAAUAAAAACAAAAAGAGAAUGAGGAAGGAAAUGUAGCUAUUAACACGGACAUAACUAAUGUGAAAUCAAGCGGAAAACGUUUAUUAUUCAUUCUCGUUUCUCGUUCGAGACUCGAUGUGUCAAAAUACCUAUCCUCUCUAUGUAAUUUGUUAUUUUUUUAAAAGUCUAUACACAUUUUGCGAUUAAUUAGCCUUUAAGGGAUUCUCGAUUAAGUACGAAAUUCUUUCAUUACUUUUAGAUUACAAUUCCCCUAAACCGCCACUCUUUCCAAUCUGCGCCAAUCGCGUAGAUGCAUAUAAGAUUAUUUUUUUACUCUUCGAAAUUGACCAACUCAUCGACGCUCCUAAAUUUUAAGAUUGCGAGUUCUUAAAUUGAGUAUCGUUGUCGCGAUUUUUUUUCGUUUAUAUUUUUAUAGUGUGUUUAAAAAAGUCUUGAGCAUAAAUUAUUGAUUUGAGAUAUUUUAGAAAUUUUGAAAAAAACAUAACGAACAAUGAGUUCUGUUCUUGAAUUUAACAUCAAACUCUGAUUUUUUUUGUGUAAUUUUAGUUUCAAUUAAUCAAUUGAUUUCGUAAUUGAACAUUCUUGUAACAAGGCAAUUUAUGCCUAUGAGUUACCCUCGUAAUUUUGAGGAUAUUCCAAUUUGUCAUGCAAAUAUAUUCAGCAAAUCGUAUGUUGACGCGAAAACUUCAAGUUCAUUCUUCUGACAGCAUUCGCAAGAGAAUUUGAAGACGUUUGUGGAACAUUAUUAAGGGUCAAUUGUAAAUUCCGAAUAAUACUUUUCCGAAAUGACAAAAAAGCUCGUUUGCUUUAUUGCACAGUGACCAAUGUGAAGUGAACAAAAAAUUAAAACGUGACGCCAUUACGGACCAACGUGUUUGCGAUUUGCUUUCGUAUUUCAAUUUUAUCGGUUGCGCUUACGUCUUGAGUUGUAGUUUCUUUUUCCACUUGAUGGGUGAUUGUCGAUAUCUAUAUUUUGGCCAAUGAUCCAUUGCGAUAUAAUUUUGCUACGGUAAUUCCAUGACGAUUGAUCUAGGCAAAAGCUGAUGUAGUGCAAUUUUUUAUAUGUGCAUAGUUUUUUUUCUUCCAAUACUAGAACGAUUCAAAAUUUUAUUCUCGUUAAAAUCUUUUUUAAUGAAAUAUUUUUUUCCUUAGAAAUUAAUGAUAAAUGCACGUUUAUGACACAGUUUACAAUCAUAAAGGUAUACAUGGCUUCGAGUAACUUUGAGCGAGAGGGAAGAGAGAGAGAGAGAGAGAGAGAGAGAGAGAGAGAGAGAGAGAGAGAGAGAGAGAGAGAGAGCAGACGUUAAAAACAUCCACGUGCCGUGCGAACAGGUAUAUAAGUAAGGAAAUCGAAAACUGACCUUUUGGAACAAUCAUCAACGAGCAAAAAAGUGUAAAGCGUUGAUAAAUUUAAUAUUAUAGAUUCUAUGACUUAACAAUUAUUUUCUGUUUUUAAUGUAUUGCAUGUUCUUUCAGUGCAAUUUCUUCGUUUCUAUAAUUCUUCAUUUUUUUUUCCUUUUUUUAACGAUUUUAUCAACCAAAAAUGCAAUAGUAUUCUAGACAUGAUUGUAUGAAACGUUCACUAGAAACAAGGAGCAGCUGUUGUACAUAAUGAAAUACUUUUAAGAUGAUGCAUUUAUUGUGAAGAUGGGAAAAGUGCAAUUGCGAAAGAGGGAACUUUUUGUGUCUGUGUCUGAGAGGAAGGGAGAGGGGGGGGGGGGGGUAAAUUGUAUACGCUGUGGAGUCGGGGAAACGAACCGCGAAUGCGAAAAUUCGUCGAAAAAUGAUUCAAUGACGGAAGUUGAGAUGAAAAAAGCGUAAUAAGCGAUGCAAACGAAAAUAAUUGAAAUUUGAAAAAAAAAAUCAUAAUAAUUGUAACGCGUUUCUGCGAAUAGUAAACUAAACGUGCCAUAAGAACAUCAUGCCAAUAGCGUUGAUGAUAUGUAUUUUUUACAUUAACGAUCCCUUUCGAUCUGCGUUCAUCGAUCAAUCUUUAUGAACAUCUAUUUUAGCAAAUCAGAGUGUGCAAACUUUUCAAAAUGAUCUACUUGUACUAUCCGCCCUCAUCACUUUUCGUAAUUAAUAAUUAAGAAAAACCCUUGUUGCCAAAAUAAUUUAAGAUCUAAGGGAUUGUGUGGUUGAUGAAAAUUUUUCAUCUUGCAACAAUAAGUGAGUAGUGGAGUGACCGAUGACGAAAAUAAAUUAUUUUCUUUUUAUAUGAUACCGACUUUUACAUCGAACUAUGUGAAUAUUAUAUCUCAGAUUCAUCUUUUUAUUGGAGUUUCUAACGAAAAAAAAUAGUUCAUGUUAAUUUUCUUUGCAAACGUGGAACUUUAAUGAAUAAAUAAUGUACACUCUCGAUGGAUGUGCAUCUCAGACUCGGGUACGAAAGAACAUUAACGAAAAUUAUCAUCGCGACCAUACCAAUGAGCAUGGUCAAAUCAUCGGCAGAUCAGGACGAUUAGUGCGAGAGCUCAAGACCAUGAUCAUGCAUCAGCGUUUACUGCUAAAACCAUACAAUACUACUAGAUUAUAAAUAGCUAGACGCAAUUAAGUACGUAUUAAACAUAAAAAAUGUCGCAAUUUAGAAUCCAUGCAGAAUUUAGUUCAAGCCCAUUCUCAAGACUGCCAGAAAAGUUUAACGAGCCUGCACCAUAGCAGCGCGGUUUAUCCUUUUUUAAAUCUUUUGUAUGUCUACUAAGAUUACCAAAGUACUAUUUCCAAACAUUGACCAUAUCGUAUCUGAACUGAGGGCAUUUUCAAAGUGUUAAUAAAUUUGACCGAAGUGUAAAAAAAAUACCAGACAACAAAAAAAAAAAAUGAAAAAGUUUUGCUUUCGUGCUUAAUUGUACGCCUUAUGCGCUGCCAGCCAAAAGUACGCGAUUACCUGGCACAAAUAUCAGCAGUACCAAAGGUUCAAUAACGCCUCGAAAAAUGAAGAUAUUUCAAUUUAGCAAACGAGAUUUUCAAGGGAAAAAAUUUACCUUUCCAUCCCCUUUUCAAAAUAUUAUUUACUUUUUAUUUGCAUCCAAUACGCAUUUAUGAAUUCACUAUUUUCUGGCUUUUCUUCGAUGUGUAAAAAUAAAUAAACCACACGUAGAACAUUUUUUCAAGGUUGGAAUGAAAAUCGUCUUGAAGGAAAUAAGUUACAUAAAAUUAUUAUCGACCGACCAAAAUUUGUCCGUUUUUUUUCCGUCAUUUCCAGUCGAAACUCUAAUAAGUUUGGUGAUUUUAGUUGAAAACCAUGGGGUUACAGAGAAUGUAUCAGCAAGGGGAAUUUUCUAUUGGAAGUUUUUUUUCAAUCAAUGGGUACCUAAUUAAAAUUUGUAGUUGAAAUUUUUUUUUUUUUAUCAAAAUUCGGAGAAUUGCUGAAACUUUCAAUAGACGUAAAGUACUAGGUUUUACGUGAGAAAAUAAUUAUCCGAAUAAAAGGGGCACAAGUGACGUAACUUUUUUUAUAAUUAUUUCUUAUUUUUUUACUCCCUCAUUUCUCCCUCCCCCUUUUCGCUAUUGAAAUAAUUAUUUUCCCGUUCGAAAACUGAUACGUUACAUCGAUUGACUAACUUGGCGAUUUUCCGAAUUUGAACCGAAAUGAACAAUUUGCCAACAAAUACUGAAAAAAUUUUUAUCAAUAAAAAACUUCAGAUAAAAAAAAUGUCCAUCUCUGAUACGUUGUUUGUCGUUGCGUAAAUAUAUAAUCAGUCAGAGGUCUUCUUAUUCUGUUCAGUAGCUUUUAGAGGAAUUGCUAUGUGACUAAUCGGUAGAAAUAUUUACACUUUCAAAAUGCUCUCCAAAUGUGAGAUAUAGAAGGAAAGUAAAUUUUUAUUCUGAAUAUUGAAUCUUUCACAUCAACUGUUACAUAUUUUUAUAAAAAUGAUUUUCGGUUGGGUCGCUGUUAUUUUUUUUUCUAACUAUAAUGGUCUCCUGAGUAUGUGCGAAGCUGAUCACCGGCUGGAAAACGUAGCGUAUGAUCGGUAAAUCAGAACUGUGAAUUCGGAAAUCAUUGCUAUGCUAUAAUUUAGUAAGAUCUGUUGGAAUUUUGGGAAUGCGCAUAAUUUAGACGUGAUGCUCGAAAUACUGAAAUUGUAUUUUUAGGAUGAAAGUUUCAUCAAUUUCAUAUAAAUUCGUCUGUUAAGCUAUCAGACGAAAAUUUUGGUCGCGAGCUCUCGUACCAAACACACAGCAUAAAACGACAGAGUAUAAUCAAUGUAGCCUCGAGUAACUAUUAACAAAGAGAGCGUAAAAAAAACCAUGAAAAAUUGUAUGAUGUAUUCGUAUGCGUGAAGAGAGAUUGCUAUAAGAUGAUGUGUAUUUCAAGCGGACUUAUCAACGGGAAUUAAAACAGCCUGGUGUACCGCGAUAUCGUGACCGACUCCAAUUUCAUAUUUAAGGAAUGUUUCGUCAUUAAAAAGACCAAUUUGAACACUCGGAGGAGAUAAAUAGGCCGGAAGAACGAUAUAAUCCGAAUUUCACUGACUGGUAGCUGAUCGUGGAGGUUGCUGACUUGAUGUACGCCAAACUAUUUCAAGAGUUUAGAGAUUUAUUGCAUUUUUUUAAAUGCUGAUUAAAAUUUGAAUGCGAAUUCAGAUUAAAAAAAAAAACAGAAAAAUAAGAAAAUCCAUGGAUCAUAGUCUGGAGGUACCAAAUUAUAAUUCACAAUAAGGGCCUAGAGUCCGUGCUGAUUUGUAGAGACUCCUGUUAAGAAUUUCGGUCAGUACGAGCCUUCCGUGUAUGCAUGAGAUUAGCGCGUGCGCGUGUAUGUGUGUGAGUGUGAGUGUGUGUGUUUGUGUUUGUGUGAUUCGUUAAGUAAGAAUCUGGUAACAUUUGCGAGAAAGAAAAUAGACAACAUAAUCGUGGAAACGAGAAAUUCAUUUCGGUGGACGCGCUUUUCUUGAAAAAGAAGCAACCGCAAAAGGAAUAAAAUUGUGAAGAAGAUAGAAGUGCUUGUAUUAUAUUGUAAAGUAUGCGACAGUUCUUGCUGCGUUGUACAGUGUUUUCUAAGUAUCUAGUUUAUAUCGUGUAACAAUUCAGGAAUAAGGAAGCAAAACGCAUACACACAUUGUAUUUACGCUAGAUAAGUGAUAUGUAUCAAAUUCAUCCUCGUAUAGCCUGUAAUCUUACUCAUGUAGAUGCUAAAAGUGAUUUGUGUCAUAAAAAAAAACUCUGAAUAAAAUUAGCAAUUUGAGAAUGUUGUCAA